AUGCUUUUCUUCGAACACCGGCUCACUGAACGAGGAUGUUUGCUGCUCUGCCUGCUCCCAUCUGUUCUCAAAGCCCAGUCUAGUGGGGAAGUGAGGCCCAAGCCUCUACCAUGCCAGCAGAGCCCCACGAAGGUGUCGUGCAAAGGUGUUGGCCUGCGCAAGUUUCCAAAGGAGCUUGGACAAGGAGUUAAGUACCUUGAGCUCUCCAACAACUUCAUCCAAAACCUGUCAGACAGCCACAUGCCUUGGUUUGGACAGCUUGAGUACCUGGACAUAUGCUUCAACCAGCUGGAGACUGUGUCUGAGAUGACCCUUGCUCAGCUACCCCAUCUUCACUCUCUCCUCCUGGGAUCAAACCACCUUGAUCGCAAUUACCUCACUAAUGGGAGAGCCUUUAGGUUGCUCAGGAAUAUAGAGGUCCUGGAUCUGUCAGCAAAUAAUUUGGAGAGUCACAUGGCAGGCUGGUACUUCAGCAGUCUCACCACACUGAAAAAGCUGGAUCUAUCUGGGAACAAGAUGACGAGGCUGCCGGCAGGUAUCUUCUGGAGUACGCCACAGCUGAGUGAGCUCAACCUCAGCAACAACUAUAUCAUGGAAAUAGAGGAGGGAGCUUUUGAGGUUCUGAAAGACCUAAAGGUGCUGAACUUAGCUUUGAAUUCCCUCCACUGUAUCUCUGGCUUCACUCUCACACAGCUGCGCGUUUUAAAUCUCAGCCACAAUGCCCUGGAGUUCUUUGUCUCAGAGGAGGGAAAAGAGCGCUACCUGCUUCAAGUGCUAGACUUGAGUCAUAACAGACUUCUCUAUUUUCCAGAGCUCCCCAAAGCACAUUAUCUCACACACUUAAACCUCUCCAACAAUGCCAUUGCUUCACUGGUCCCAAGUUCACACCAUCCAGCAGAAUUCGUACUGCAAUAUGAUGAGAUGGCAAGGCUUAAUAAGUCCUUGAAUACUGUAGCUAGUCUGACCCAUGUAACUGACUUAGAUCUCAGCAAUAAUCAGCUGCAUCUGUUUCCAUUUACUUUCUUUCACAGUCUGAGCUCUCUGCACAAUCUCAAUGUGGCUAUGAAUUGUCUCCAGAAUAUAACCAAGGAGUCACUUACAGGUGACACAGAAAAUAACAAGUCACUUGUGUCUCAGGAGCAUGCGUUUCUGUCUGUGCACUCACUGGAUCUCCACGGCAAUUUCAUUCACUUAUUACCACAUUGGUUUUUUGAUUUUCUGCCUCAUUUGGAAACAAUCAAUCUUGGUUCCAACAGCCUCCAACCUUGUGAGAGCCAGGAAACUAAUAAAGGAGAGAUUUCAGAAGGGGGGUCUCGUGUGCCAGCCCCAGGAGGUACCUGCACUGCGUUUUAUAACAUACCUCACUUGAAGCAUCUGAGUCUUUGUAAGAAUAACAUUACAAGGCUGUAUCCCUACACAUUCAACCAAACCCUUCUGAUCUCAUUAGAUCUGUCUGAGAACAAGGAUUUGUUCAUGCCCAAAGAAGCUCUGGAGGGGCUGGAAUUUUCCUUGCAGAAACUCUCUCUGAGAGGAAACCAAAUGCAUGACGGCCAGACAGAGUUCCCCUGUCUGGACAGGCUGAAAGUUUUGGACUUAUCAGACAAUGAUUUGAGCCUUCUUCCCGCAGGCCUUUUCUGUUCCCCACUGGAAAGCCUGGACAUUCGCAGUAACAACCUGAUGGCCUUUGAAAAGGUGGCUAUUGCGAGCUGGUCCCACAGCCUCAAGCACAUGUCUGUUGCUGGAAACCCAUUUAGCUGUUGUGCACUGACCUGGCUGGACAUGCUGCAGGCGACCAGUCCCUUUGAGAGCGUGCGCAGGAGGCAGGACUUCCCCACCUUCACUGCCCUCAGCGCCCCAACACCUAAAUCCGUGGUGGCAGGGGCAGCUGGGUCUCCAGCAGGGUGGGCAGGCAGGACCGUCCAGCCCCGGGGCAGGCCCAGUCACUAG